AUGGCCCCUCACGACAACACAAUCGUUUGGCGCUGGCUUCAUGACCGCCCAACGCCACCUCCUGUUGAUCUAGACUCAUCACCUCUCUCAUCCCCCGAGCUGACCCCAUUACUGGAAAACCGGAAACGGAAGAGUCAUAGAUCUGAGGACCCCGCGAACCGUCAGUGUGGCAGCAACAAUGAUGAAAUACUGCCCGACCAGAGUGCAUCGGCUGCCGCACUUAGUGACCUCGAAUCACAUUCCACCUCGACGCGUCAUAAACGGACGGUAGAUUGGGUGCGAGAUCUACUGCAUGAUUUACGAGUGUCAAGGCCUGCUAUCUUGUGUGAUGUUCCAUCCACGAUAGCUCUGCCGGAAAGGGUUAUGCCUGUGUAUGAAAUUAUCAGCCAAUCUCUCGAGGAAGGAGUGAUUCCCGCUCAGCUGAAGGAUCAGAUACUCACUUCUUUUCCCCUGGUCGCGCAGUCAAUCCCGGACUCCGCGUAUGACAUUUCAGGGACUCAUUCGGAUAGAGAACUUGCCCGUCUCUGGGAGAGCGUGAUAGAAAUACUUGAUGAGGCUAGAGACUGCAGUAGUCGGCAACAAGAUGGGAGUCAAUGGUGCUCGAGUGUCAUUCAUCCACUCCUCCGUUUUGCAUCGAAGGGGAGCAUGCUGAAAGUAGAGAAUGUUCAAACACAAACAAUAAACCCGGAUCUGCUUCCCCUAAUGCCUCACCAUCAUCGGAUCCGCAAAACGGCCGACUACGCCUUUUCUUUCCAUCACAGCGUCAGCCAGACUUCGGAGCUAUAUCGAAUACUAUCCCUCACGGAAGUGGGCGAUAAAUUGAGCCAGUCAACGGAUCCUGAUACUAAGCGACUGAUACUGUUCUCCGGGUUGGUAGCCAAUGAUGAGAAUGGAGAGAAAGAUGAAGCGCUUGCUCAACUUGCGUUAUGGUUAGCGGCCGGAAUGCAGCAUCUCAGGAGCUUACAGCAGAGAAUACAGCCUUGUUCAUUCAGUGAUCUGCCGCCAAUGAUAGGGUGGACCGUUAUUGGCCAUGACUGGCAUACGUAUAUUGCAUUCGGUGAUACGUCGCACAACGGCGAUCGGAUUCAUGUACUUGGUCCUUGGCGAGCAGCAGCUGCAGACACCAGAGAUGUGUAUGGGCUGUUCAAAUUGCUCAAGCUUUUGAAGAGGACCAUGGAAUAUGCCACUACUAUCCAUUGGUCCUGGCUACGAGAAAAUAUCUUGCAGCCGCUGUGCUCUGAUGAGACUGGUCGAUGA